AUGGCAGGCAACGAGCCCGGCCGUGGAGAACAAGGUCAGUGGCGAAUUAGCAAUCCGUCACCCGACGACUCACCAGCGAAUGUCGGACGACUUGAUGGCCGGAUCGCCAAUGCCCCGAGCCGAGCCCGUAACCCGGAGCGUGAGCGGCUGUUCCAGUGGAAACGACUUCGACCUCAGCCGAGACAGGUGUCGCUUCUCUGGGACGAUACUACGUCGAACUUCUUCCGUACUGCUAUCAGUCUGGUGGAACAAGAUGUGAGCCUGGCGCAAGAGGUCGUCAAGGAGAUGGCCGCUGAUGGUCGGCUGCCGCUCGUCAGAGAUGUCAUUGAGGGAGCCGCUUCAGCUAGAACGCCCGAGGCCAAAGCUCUUCUCUGGGAAUCGCGUAUUUCGCCCCUGUUCCGAGUCUUGCUCCACCCGACUGUCGUAGACUCGGUGGUUCUCGAACAGGAAACGGCUGUGCUCUAUCGAUUGCUCUUGGGAGUUGACGCCACACGCCUGAAAACCCUCUUCAACUUUGUCUUCGAUGUCGUUGAUCAUUGGUACGAGUUGCCUUUCGAAGACACGCCUGUUUCUGCCAUGGAAGCACUUGCUCUAUCGUGCGGCGUCUUGGCCAAGGUUAUCAACACCAGCACCUUGAAUAUUGUCAAUGCCCUCUUUCACCCCAUUGUCGAAGGAAUCAAGCUGCGAUUAGAUGUUUUCGGCAACAAAGAUAGCGACUUCCAUACCCUGCAAGCAACAAGGCAUCUCGACUAUGUUUACCGUCGCCUGGGUAUCGGCCAAACUCUGGUCGACACUGUCCAUAUCUCGGCUUCUUCUGGUGCCGUGGCCGAAUUCACUCUCAGCCAGGAUUUGCCUGGAAAACUUUCCAAACGCCGCGAGCGCCACGACAAUGACCACCAGGAUAUUUCGGAUAUCAAGCUCAUGCCUACCCACCAAGAAAUCAUGUCUUCUCGAGAUGAAUACUUGCCGGUCGCCAACCCUGCACAGCACCACUUGCAAGGCCUGCGAGGUUUGCUAGAUCGGCAUUUCCGCCUGUUGCGCGAGGAUACACUCCAUGAUUUACGAAGCGCCAUUCGCACAACCGUGGAGUCAAAUGCCAAGGUGCGAGAUGUUCGGACACGAGUUGUUGCCUACGACAACGCCUUUGCUGUUGACAUGACCUUCGACAGAUGGUCAGGUCUUGAGUUCAUUAUCCAGAUUGACCAACCCCGACCGACAAGAGGUUUAGACAAAUUGCAACGCGGCACUUGGUGGGCAGGAAAGAAACUCAUGGAUGGAGCUCUUGUUUGUAUUGUUGAUGAAGUGGGUGGUAUUUUCUUCUUCCAGGUCUCAAAGUCGACCAUCAGAACUCCCAAAGAUGAGACCCAGCAGGGUCAAGGAAACAACCAAGGGGAGGAUAAGAGCGAUGCACCGCGCUACAGUCUGCUAGACGAUGAAAACCACGCAUACGUACAUCUACAUGUCGUCGACACAGGAAUCGACGAAAUCAAGAGAUCUCUCAGGUGGUUCAAGACCAUGCAGAUCGUCCGCCAGCAUCGUCGUCUUCUCGAAUUCCCGUCUAUCCUACUGGCUUCUUUCACCCCUCCGUUGAAGGCAUUGCAAAACAUGUCAAAGACCCUGGAUCUCCCUUUCCAAGACCUCCUAACGCUUCGUGCUGGGAGUCGAACAGCGGAUAAUCCUCCCCCACUCUACUCCAGGCGACCUGAUUUCUCUUUCAAUCUCAGCUGCCUGUCGACUGAUGGCAGGGAACUUUCAUACACUCCCGGCGAUGCGAUCAAUCCAUCGCGUCUAAGCAGGCACUCCAGUCUUGAUAAGACUCAAUCCGAGGCCAUUCUCAAUUCACUCAGAAGAUCCUUCGCCCUGAUUCAAGGUCCCCCGGGUACAGGGAAGAGCUAUACCGGAGAAGCGCUCAUCAAAGUCUUGCUUGCCAACAAAUCGAAGGCAAAGCUGGGGCCCAUCAUGUGCGUUUGCUACACCAACCAUGCUUUGGACCAGUUGUUGGAGCAUCUUUUGGAUGGUGGUGUCCAGAAUAUUAUUCGCAUUGGCUCCCGAUCAAAGUCCGACAGGUUGGCUCCUGUAAAUUUGAGAGCGGUGGCUCGAGACAUGACCCGCACGGCUGCCGAAAGUCGGGCUCUUUACAAAUCUGUCGAGACUGUGGACGGCGACACAGAACAGAUUCGCGGUACGCUUUCGGAUUUCAUCUUCAGCAGAGACAACGAAAAGAUUCGUCUUCACCUUGCCCAACACUAUCCUGCCCAACACGAAGAGCUGAUGGGGCCAACCUUGCCCAACUUUGAUGAUGAAAAAGAGAGAUGGCAGACUGUAGACUACUCACGCGGCAAUGUAUUCAAGAAGUGGCUCGCUGGCGGCGCGCCUACCAAUACGACGCGCCCACUUCGGCGCUUGCGCCAAUUGAAGCUAGCCGACCUCUACCAUCAGGAACGUAUCCUGCUCUACCAAGAAUGGCUUGAUGAAGUGUUGAGAGGAGAGAUUGAUUCGCUGUCGAACAUGCACAAGGUUUACCAGGAACACAAAGAGAACAACAACAAAAUCAGGAGCUCCAUUGAUCUGCGUUGUCUUCAAGAAGCGAACAUCAUUGGUGUUACAACCACCGGUCUCGCCACCAAUCUUGACCUUCUUCGACGGGUGCACGGCAAGGUUCUUGUGUGCGAGGAAGCGGGCGAAGUUUUGGAAGCCCAUCUUUUGACCGCGCUCCUGCCGACUGUUGAGCACGCCAUUCUGAUCGGGGACCAUCUUCAGCUACGCCCUCAGAUACAAGACUGGAGACUCCAGCGGGCAAACCCGGCUGGCGUCAAAUACUCCCUAGAUGUAUCGCUCUUCGAGAGACUUGUCCAACCACCUCCAAACGUACCGAGCAUCCCGUUCAGUGUCCUCGAUACGCAACGUCGGAUGCACCCAUCGAUAGCGGAACUAGUACGAUCAACAUUGUACCCAUCUUUGUCAGACUCUGAAAACGUGCAAGACUACCCCGAGAUCCCAGGCCUGGCUCGGAGGCUGUUCUGGCUUCACCACGAAAGCCCAGAAUCGGGGGGAAAGUCUGAUCAGGACUCUGUUGAGACGUCAUACUCCAACAAUUUUGAGAUUGAGCUUGUCUCGGCGCUUGUAUCCCAUCUGUUAAGGCAGGGUGUAUACAAAUCUGGGGAAAUUGCCGUCUUGACACCUUAUCUAGGACAACUGAACAAGCUACGACAGAAGCUCAGCUCCGUCAUGCAGAUCGUCAUCAACGACCGGGAUAUGGACGAUCUUGCUGAGAUGGAACCUGCUUCUGCUGCCCAAGGCAGCUUCACGAACGUGGGACAAGCCGCGAAAACAAAUGCUCUGAGCGGUGUUCGAGCCGCAACGGUCGACAAUUUUCAAGGCGAGGAGGCCAACGUUGUCAUUAUCUCACUUGUCCGCAGCAACAACGACAACAGGUGUGGAUUCCUCAGUACUUCCAAUCGCAUCAAUGUUCUGCUGUCUCGGGCUAAGCACGGCAUGUACAUCAUUGGCAAUUCACAUACCUCGAGCCAUGUCCCGAUGUGGGCGCAAGUCACGGAAAUCCUUCAGAACGGUGGCAACUUCGGCAACAGGUUGGAACUACAAUGCCCGCGACACCUUCAGAACAAGAGCUUUGUGUCACAGCCCGAAGAUUUCCUUCGAUUUUCUCCGGAUGGUGGGUGCAAACUCCGGUGUGACCGUCGGCUCGCAUGCGGCCACGCCUGUACUGGCCCUUGCCACUCCGACCACCUCCACAACGCCAUCAAAUGUCUCGAGGACUGUGCCAGGCCGCAGGUGAAUUGCGACCACCCAUGCCGCCGACGCUGCGGAGAGCCUUGCGACAAGCUUUGCACAGAGGUGCUGCGCGGCGUCGGCCUGAAGCUCCCUUGCGGUCACACUCUUGACACGGUCGCUUGCUGGAAAGCUCAAGACCCGUCUUUAAUCCAUUGCGCCGCUCCUUGCGAUUGGAUUCCCUGCACCAAGCGGUGUACCGAGGUAUUGAAGUGCGGACAUCAAUGCCCCUCUGUCUGCGGUGAACGUUGUCCAGUCGAGAAGUAUUGCCAGACAUGCGCCGCGGAUGACAUCAAGAAUAGGGUGGUCGAUCUCAUCCUCAUGGAUGACUACGGUUCAGUGGACCUGGACGAGGAGCCCUGCAUCUUCCCAGACUGCGGCCACUUCUACACUUACACGACCAUGGACGGACAGAUGGGUCUCCGGGAUCUUUACGAGGUCUCGCCUGAAGGAGUGCCGACGGCCGUCAAAUCGGGGUCCCACCCAUUCUCGGUGACUAACAUCAAAGUGUGCCCCGACUGCCGAGGGUCUCUAAGAAACAUAUCCAGAUAUGGGAGAAUCGUUCGACGUGGUCUUCUUGAUGAGUCGACGAGGAAGUUCAUCAGCUGGGCCCACAGCGUCAAGCAGAAGUUGACAGACGCGUUUUUCGCUGCACAAGACAACCUGCAGAAGAUGGAGAAGAAUAAAUUCAGCUUUCCUAGCACGCAGUUGGGGUUUCCCAUGCCCCAGUCGGCAUUUGCUCUCAGAGGAUCUCGGCAGCAACAAAUGACCCAUCUCUUCAAGCUCACUGGAAAUACCAGGCACGCGGUACUCAAGACGCUCCGAAAUCAGAUCGCCAAUUUUCUCGGGUCAGUAAGGAAAGAAGAGCAGCCGUAUCAGCGCGUGGCACACUUGGUCUGGCACGUAAACAAGCGGCGGCAAACCAGCGACUACUCAUUUGACGAGUCGGCAAUCCAAAUGGGUGGAAUGCUGGACGCCAUGACGCUCUCGCUACGGUGUGAUCUUCUCCUGGUCUCUGACUAUAUCAGUCUAUGCCGCAACAUGACCGACAACGACAGCGACGGUGCCAAGUCCGCCAGCAUUGAUCCCAUGCCAUACAUCAAGGACUGCCAGCGACUGAUUGAGACUGCACGAAUGAGAAAUUAUUCCCGGCUGCAAGUUGAAGGCCACAUCUGCCUCGCCAUGUUUUGUUACUUUGCACCGCCUGACGAUGCUAAGCCGACGACUGACGCACCAGAGGCACCUAAAGCAGAAAACUCAUCCACGAAAGAAAGUAUGAUCAAGCUCGGCGAGGACCACCUUUUGAAAGCUGAGAAGAUCAUCAAAGCAAAUCCGUCCGCAGCCACGAUGGCCUCCGAAGUCGAGACCGCGAGGCGCAUGCUCCACGACGGAGUCUUCUACAGCGAAGUUUCCACUGACGAAAUGCGAGCCGUCUACGCAGCCAUGAGCAAGGAGUUCUCGGGAACAGGGCACUGGUACACAUGCCGCAACGGACACCCCUUCACUAUUGGAGAGUGUGGUAUGGCGAUGCAGCAGACGGUGUGCCCGGAGUGCAACGCUCCGAUCGGCGGCCGGGAUCACUCUUCGGCGGAAGGCGUGAGGCAUGCGGUGGAGAUUGACGCACUUGCGCGCGGCAUCGGAACAAUGGGAUUCUGA